AGUUUCAAUCAAUUCAAAUCAAUCCGUUUCGGCUAGAAGCAGAAGUUGUCCCAAAUGAACACUCUACACGAAGUCACCAUAGGACUGUUUUCUGCUGGGCAAAUUGAAGAAACUUUCCUUUCUUGCUGUGACUCGUUGAAUGAAGGUCCCUUUUGGCAAGAAUACAUUCAACUUAUAAAAAGUUUCAUAAAAUUGUUUAAGAGCACAUUAUCCAAAAACUUGAAAGUAACAUUUUUUAAGUAUUUUGCUGGGACACUUGACUCAUGUACUUGUCGAAGCCUAGAGACGUUAGUUUUCAAGUGUAUCGUGUUUAAUGUAAAACGAGACAAUUAACUCAUACGCAUCUACAAUAAGUAACAACUGGUUUAAUUUUCAGUCGCAAACGAUACCUUAAAAUGACGAUAAUUUAUCAGAAGACUGUCUGCAUUUCCGUCUACUGCAAUAUUUUCCAGGGCAUUGCUGUUCUCCCACCGGAAUUUCAUAUUUAAAAUCAGUAAAUAACUUCAUGUUUUUAUGUAUUAUAUUAUCAUAUGUGGGCCUUGUCACCAGAUAGCAGGAAAGCCGAUGUGAUGUUAAUUUUUCUUCCCCGAUCACUACUUUCAGCCACGGGCAGGCAUGAACAAAUUAUCAUUAAACCGUCACUUUCUGCUAAACUUUCUUAGGCUAUAUUUGUUAUUGUCAAUUAUGUCCAUUUAUGUAAAUUGAAAAUAUUUCUUGUCUGAAAAAUAGUCUAGAAGCAUCUGAAUCCUUGCGAGCAAAAUAUUAUUUUCCAUUUUUGGUCUAUUUAAAAACUGCACUAAAGAAAACUAAAGUCAGAGUAUUAAAAUAUAUAGUUAAAACUGAGACGUAAAAAUUGCCAUGAAGAGCAUUUGAACAGUUGCAGCAAAUUACCUCAACAUUUAAAUAACAUUAAAUAGAGCAUUAAUUUGAAGUAAAUGACAGGCUUUGUAAGUACAUAAAUAUACAUACAAUAUACAUAAUUUAUUUCGACGGAAGAACCACAUCUACCAAUUUGCCAGUCAGCCUAUGACAGUAACUAAUGUUAUUAUCAAGAGAAUAUUUACUACUAACCAAGGAAAAAUAAAUUAACUUUUAAUGUUGAUUAUGAUCUUAAAGUAUGCUGGAAAGUUCGGGGAAGAGAACUAAAGUCGGGAUUGUUUAGUUGGUCUUGUUAGGCAAGUUUAGUAUAGUCCAGUUUAAAAAUUUUGUUUUACUUUGCUAACAAUUCCGUUUUCUUUAUGUAUUGUUUAGUUUUUUCGCUUGUCUAUACGAUUAGUAUCUUUUCAAAACAUGUGCUUUCAGUUUCUAUUUAUGAAACCAUAACAUUGGAAUGUCUGCCUGGUGGUGUCUGUAGUUUUUCUACCGCUUUUGACCUCGUAUUGUGAUAUGCCGUACGCAUAUUGUGAUAUGUACCAUGUUUUGUUAAUUUCAUGUUUGUCCUACAAAAUAUGAGUACGCUGGUCUUGUCAGUAUUUCCUAUCAAGAAAGAGGAAACGCAAAAUUGAGGGACGCCUUCAUAGAAAAAAAAAUUUUUUGGCAAUGUGUAAGUAGUUCAAGUUGUCUGUUUUCUAGCAAUUUUUUUAAUGGUGCUUUGUACCAACCGCCAUCAGAAUUUCUUGUCCAUCAACAAACUCUGUUUUUUUUAACCCAAUAGCUCGUGAUUAAAGGAGGUUUAAAGAAAAAAACUCAGCCUCUGAACUAAGAAUUUUUCUAUUUAAAAUAACUUUGCUCCUUGCAAUUUGCAGCGUAAAAUCGUGUCUAAUUCAGACAAUCAAAACAUUGGCCAAGAAACUCUAAAUUGGUUAUCUUUGAACGAUACCUGAAUAAAAUGUUGCUCCUAUUCAAGCGUAUAUUAAGAGGAACGCGAAGGUUAAAAUAUAAGUAAAAUGUGUAUAUUUAUAUAUUCACAUAUUUACCUGCCGAUAUAGAGACCGACCCUUUCAUAGGGAUGCCAAUUCUAUCAUUAAUUAUACCAUCUUCUUAUCUUAUUCAAAAAUUCAACAAAGCGAAGUCUCUAGAAGAAUCUAAUAUAAUGUUUAAGUUGUAGAUUUGAGUGGUGGAUCUAGUGGAAUCAUCGUUCUCCCAUUUUUAUCUAUACCAAACAAAAAAUUUAAUCUUGCCCAGACACCUAUAAUUUUUAAUCUCGCUAGUUUCUGUGAUUUGGCAUCGACGAACUGACCAUUGAUUAUAAAGGUUUAAAUUCCUGCGUUGCAUUUAUAUACCAAAAUGUUCCGUAAGAAACGUACCAACAUAACAUAAUACUAACCCAGAUAACAGUGACCAUGAACAAUGGAAAAAUUACUAAAACUUUGUUUUCAAAAACACAAAUAAUUCCGGUUUUAUGAUGUUUAUGAUAUGGUUUUAGUUACUUUGUAUUUUUUCGGGCGGUCAAUUAUGUAAUAUACUAUUAAAAUAAAUGUUAAUUCUAAUUGACAUCAAUGUCUGCUAAUUACUAUUCCAAUUAGCGCGCCAUUAGUUAAUAAUUUAAAUUUCCUAUUAGCAAAUAUGCACUAAUUUUUGUAUGCAGUAAGGACAUUGCCUUAAAAUUGAUUUGAAUUGAACAGAACGGAUUAAAAAAAAAAUUAAUAUAAUUACAUAAUUGUAUUUAAUUAUAGCACAACAUCGCUUUAGCAGAUAAGUACAUCAAAUUAAACUAAAUCAGUUGAUUUUUUUCGCGUCUAAAUAAAUUUUGCAUUUCAUAAAAAAAAAACAUUAAUUGGCCCACUUUACUCCCUGGACAUGAUUUCAGAUGUUGAUUUUUAAAUGCAAUCUCAGUGAGUAACUUAAAUUCAGUCAACGAUGACACCACCAUCAUAUCUCGAAACCAAUGAAGCUAUUUUUUACGAAAAAAUAUUUAACGAGUUUGGAAAAACUCAGAAGGAAGUGGAGCAAUAUGUCGAUAUUCUCAGAAAAUGGAGUGAAAAGCAAUCACAUUGGCCAGAAAUGCCUACAUUAAAUGGAUUAUUGUACUGCAUAUUAGUUAGCAAGUUCAGCAUUGAAAACGCCAAGAAGAGAACAGAUAUGUAUUACACAAUAAAAGGACUUAUGCCUGAAAUAUUUACUGUCCAUCCUUCAUCCCCUGAAGUGAUAAAGCAUAGCGAAAUAGCGUACUGUGUACCCAUUCCGAAGCCAACGAAGAGCCAUGAGCGUAUAUUCUACGUGCAACUAAAUCCGGAUUACAAUCCAGAAGACUUCAAAAUUGAACUGUUUUUCAUCCAAAUAACUCAUAUGGUUGAGGUAAUCAUUCAGGAAGAUAAAUGUUACAACUUUCACAUCAUUUUCAAUGCUAGUGGGAUCAAAAUUGGUCAUCUAGCCAGAACUCAUCCGAUGGUUCUCAAGAAAAUGUCAAUUUGUUUUGAGAAGGUGUACGGCUACAGGGUAGCUUCCAUAUUUGUGGUAAACACAUACCCUUACCUUGAUACGUUUGUCAAUAAAUUAGCUAUGCAUCUUGCAGUCGAAAAAAUUAGAAAUCGGAUGAAAGUGUCCAGGAACAGCGAUGUUCUCUUUGAAGCUUUUGAUAAAUCACUUUUACCUACAGACAUAGGUGGAGAAGGACUCUCGCUGAAAGAGCUGAGACUACUGCUAUUGAAAGAAUUUGAGAGAAUGACGCCUCGAUUUGAUCGUCUUCAAACCAUGAGAACAGACGAAUCUUUGAGACCGGCAGAAUUGCAAAAUGAUGAUACUUUAGGAUACUACGGCAACUUUAAAAAACUCGACCUUGACUAAUCGAAUAUAGUAUAGUUUGAUAUGCACAUGAGGGAAAAUUUAAUAAUAAUAUAAUAAAUAAUAAAUAAUAAGAAUAAAUAGAGUUUUAAGUUUGUUAAUGGUUUAGUAAUUGAAUAAAUUUGCUUUCACAUGUU